AUGGCAACUCCAAACAACAAUAAUGCGUCUGACGAAGACAAAAUUGAUCCGAUGAAAGAUGUACGUGCCGGAAUAGUACGUGAAGUGGGUAGUCAAGCAAUAUGGAGUCUAUCUUCAUGCAAACCAGGUUUUGGUGUGGACCAGUUAAGAGAUGAUUGCAUGGAAACUUACUGGCAGUCAGAUGGUCAACUUCCACAUUUAGUUAAUAUUCAAUUUAGACGUAAGACAGUUGUGCGUGAUAUAUGCAUAUACAUUGACUAUAGACUGGAUGAAAGCUAUACACCUGGUCGUAUAUCAGUACGUGCUGGCACUAAUUUUAAUGACCUACAAGAAGUUGAGGUAGUUGAACUGAACGAACCAUAUGGUUGGGUUAGAAUAAUGACUAAAGAUAUCAAUGAUUCGCCGUUGAAAACAUAUAUGCUACAAAUUGCUGUUAUUACCAAUCAUCAAAAUGGAAGAGAUACACAUAUGAGGCAAAUUAAAGUACACUCGCCGGUUGAAAAAAGGGAUCUUCUUAUUGGUAACUUUAGCACAGUAGAAAUGAGACAAUAUACAAUCAUAAAGUAA